GCUAAGACUUCUGUUGGGGAUUGGUUGAGGUCCCUCAAGAGAACAGGAGUGCCUAAACACACUCACAUACCAGGAAGUGCACUGCUAUUUAAAGUGUUACUAAACCCAGGACCCUGUGUUCACUAUAUCUGGUCUCCCACAGUACACAGAUAGAAAUGCAAUUAUUUUAGUAAUUAUAAACUGCUAAAUACUUUUUCUCAUCAGCAGUUAGAGCAGUCUUGUGACUUCUAUCAGUGUCCAGCAGACCACUGGUUAAAGCUUGUAGGAGGAGUUUUCAUUCUCCUCUGAUUGUCCUAUGAGGCUGCAGGAUCCAUGA